AUGAACACUUUAUGCUUCUCCUGGUGGAAACACCUGGAGGAAAACCAGGAGGAACACCUGGAAAAACACCUGGAGGAACACCUGGAAAAACACCUGGAGGAACACCUGAAAAAACACCUGGAGGAACACCUGAAAAAACACCUGAAGGAACACCUGAAGGAACACCUGGAGGAAAACCAGGAGGAACACCUGAAGGAACACCUGGAGGAACACCUGGAGGAAAACCAGGAGGAACACCUGNAGGAACACCUGGAGGAAAACCAGGAGGAACACCUGAAGGAACACCUGGAGGAACACCUGGAGGAAAACCAGGAGGAACACCUGGAGGAAGAACACCUGAAAAAACACCUGGAGGAACACCUGGAGGAACACCUGGAGGAACACCUGGAAAAAAAAGAGGAACACCUGGAGGAAAACCAGGAGAAGCACCUGAAGGAAAACCUGGAGGAACACCUGAAGGAAAACCUGGAGGAACACCUGGAGGAAAACCAGGAGGAACACCUGGAAAAAAUGGAGGAACACCUGGAGGAAAACCAGGAGAAGCACCUGAAGGAACACCUGGAGGAACACCUUGAAAAAAACAUGGAGGAACAUCUAGAAGAACACCUUAAAAAAAACAUGGAGGAACAUCUAGAAGAACACCUGGAGGAAAACCAGGAGGAACACCUGAAGGAAAACCUGGAGGAACACCUGGAGGAAAACCAGGAGGAACACCUGGAGGAACACCUGGAGGAACACCUGGAAAAAAACAUGGAGGAACAUCUAGAAGAACACCUGGAGGAAAACCAAGAGGAACACCUGAAGGAACACCUGGAGGAACACCUGGAAAAAAAAACAUGGAGGAACACCUGA